AUGGUCAUGCUAUCCACCAUUGCGAAAUCUACCGUUCGCAUGCCUUUAUUAAAUCGUUGCACCGCUCAGAUCAUCACGACGUCGCUGGCAAACUCCGAUACAGACAACAGCCACUCGCUCUCUACCCCAACCGCCAUCGGAAUCGGCGUCGCUAUAGGCAUCGUCGGUACCAUAUUCAUCCUGACUAUAGUACUAUUACUUCACCGCGCGUGGAGACUCCGUCGCCCACAACCAGCAAGACGAUACCGGCAGGCCAAGUUAUGGAAAGGCUUUGAGCCAGUGACACCUAGCACGGCAAGAACGACCUUUGUCGGAACCAGAAUGACGAACAUAUACCUGACAGAGUUACCGACACCAGUCACACCUGCGUUUCUCAUGAGUCCGCCGCUACAAAGAGACCAAGAGCAUGGGUACGAGAAUAUGGAUCGACGGCACAGCGAGCCCGCGUGA